AUGUUGGGUCCCAAAUCUGAAAGACUAAGAGCCGGUGGUGGCAAGGCAGUUAUGCUGACGGAGAGUUAUAUGUCUCAUAACCCCGUGGAAAGCCACCCUCUGCGGCCGCCUCAGGAGUGUCCACAGUCUAUGGAACUGUUACAGGUAUUGGGAGCAGCAUCAAUGGCAGUUAAUACAGGAAAGCACCCUGGUCAGCUGAAAGAUGACGUUGCAUCUCCUGGAGGGACAACUAUAGCUGGCAUUCAUGAGUUGGAGAAGGCUGGUUUUCGGGGAAUUUUGAUGAAUGCAGUUGUUGCUGCCAGCAACCGCAGCCGAGAACUUUCUAAUAAAUAG